CAAACAACUGCAAUCAUGUCUGAUCUUCUCGAAGGCUACACCUGGCCCAACCGCCACCUCAUGGUCUCCAAGAAGGCCUCCGAACAAAUCGAGGCCCUCCUCCAACAAUCCGAUAAUCGCAACCCUGAUUUUCACGACAUGUAUGUCUACAACGACUUCCACGGUUAUGGCGUCUGCCAUCUGAUCGUCUCCGAACUCAAAAAGAUUCACAAAGCCCUCUCGGGGAAGGAGCAGGAUAUCGAUGAAGCGUGGAUCUUGUUGGAGAGCUUGGUGGUCCUUAUGGAGACGGAGAGUGGAUGGAGUAUGGUGGAUGACCCUGAUUUGCCGUAUGGGAUCGUUAGUGUUCUCUGCUCUGCCAUCAUGACCGUUGUCAACGCGUUGAAGGAGCAGGGAAAGUUCAACAGGGAGUCUAUCCCCAACGUCGAACAUGUGUUGAGGACUGCGUACUUCUGCGGGCCAUUGGAGGACUUCGAUGGUGGUCCGGGCGAGAACUGGUUGAACGCCAUCAUUUUCCUCAAGGAGAUCAAGAAGAUCGUGAGGGAGGAGUUGGAGCCUACUGACGAAGUAAAGGAGCAGGAGAAGAAGUGGUAUGAGGCCUGGAAAACGGCUCUGAAUGAGAAGACUAGGAAGGCGAUUGAGAAGGCAGAAGAGGAGGAUGGGGACGAGGAUGAAGGAAAUCGCGAAGACGAAUGGUACCUCUCCGGCGACGAAGCCGACGCACCGGCUCCCAAAGCAGCCACAUUCAAGUUCACGACCUGGUAUAACAAACUCCAGAAACACCUCAAGGAAGUACCCGUCUACCCCCUCCGUGGACCCCCCGAAUGGGAUCUGACAAAGUGGACCAAGGAGGAGAGGGCGCCGUUUGCGUUCGGUGCUGGGAUGGACUCCGAGGAUGAGUCUGGCGAGGAGGAUUUGGCGGAUUUGCCGGGGGGUGUGAAGGAGUUGUUGGAGGAGUUGGCGAAGAGAGGACAGAUGGAUGCAGAGGAUUUCAGUGGUGAGGAUGAUGAGGACGAGGAAGACGAGGAGGAAGAGGAGGAGGAGAGGCCGCAGAAGAGGCAGAAGCAGAGUGGUGGGCAAGCAAAGGGGAAGCAGCCGGCGAAGAACCAGCCGAAGGCUAACCAGCCGAAGGCUAACCAGCCGAAGGCUAACCAGCCGAAGGCUAACCAGCCGAAAGGCAACCAGCAAAAGGGUGGUCAGCAGAAGGGCGGCCCAAAGAAGGGACCCGGAAACCGACCGAAGGGCAAGCCGCCCGGUGCCGCCAAGGGUAAGGGAAAGAAGUAG